UUUGUAUUUCUUUCUGCCUGUGAAACUGCAGUCAGUGACUUUAAGACACCCGACAAAGUGAUACACCUAGCGGCUGGCCUGCAAUUCGCUGGGGUUAAGAGUGUCGUUGGAACAUUAUGGACGGUCAACGAUAGUACUGUCCAGUGCUUAGUCGAGGCAUUCUAC